AUGAUGUAUGGGCAAGGGACUUCUGUAAUGCCAGAGUGGAAGUUGAAUGAACUGAUAGCUAAGGGAACAGAUUUACAGGAAGGGGAGGCUUUAAUAUGUGAAAAUAGGUGUUAAAUAUUUCAGUAGUCUGUCCUGGGAUCCAGGAGGGAUCGUUCAGAUCUGUUAACUGUGAUAUGCAGCUUCCGAGGAACUGUACCGCAAGGCUUGGUCCUGGAACUAGGUGAAACUGUCCAGAUCCUAGAGAAAUGUGAAGGCUGGUACAGAGGUGUUUCCAUUAAGAAGCCCAAUGUAAAGGGGAUUUUUCCUGCAAACUAUAUUCACUUGAAAAAGGCAAUCGUCAGUAACAGGGGGCAAUAUGAAACAGUUGUUCCGCUUGAAGAUUCUGUUGUGACUGAAGUCACAGCAACACUGCAGGAAUGGGCUGUGCUCUGGAAACAGCUGUAUGUGAAACAUAAGGUAGAUCUUUUCUACAAACUGCGCCAUGUGAUGAAUGAACUCAUUGACCUACGUAGACAGCUGCUGUCAGGUCACUUGACACAGGAUCAGGUGCGAGAGGUCAAGAGACACCUCACAGUGAGGCUGGACUGGGGCAAUGAGCAUUUGGGCCUAGAUUUAGUUCCUCGGAAGGACUUCGAGGUUGUGGAUUCAGAUCAGAUCAGUGUUUCAGAUCUUUACAAAAUGCAUUUGUCAAGUAGACACAGUGUCCAGCAGAGCACGUCACAGGUGGAUACAAUUCGUCAGCGUCAUGGGGAAGCUUGCCGUAUGCCAGUGCCUCAUCACUUCUUCCUCAGUCUAAAGAGCUUCACCUACAAUACAAUUGGAGAAGACACAGAUGUCUUUUUUUCUUUGUACGAUGUUCGAGAAGGCAAGCAGAUCAGUGAGAGGUUUAUGGUGAGGUUAAACAAGAAUGGAGGCCCCAGGAAUCCAGAGAAGAUAGAUCGAAUGUGUGCACUUUUCACAGAUCUCAGCAGCAAGGACAUGAAGAGAGAUUUGUACAUAGUUGCCCAUGUAAUUCGAAUAGGUCGCAUGUUGCUAAAUGAUUCAAAAAAAGGCCCCCCUCAUUUACACUAUCGCCGCCCCUAUGGCUGUGCAGUAUUGAGUAUCAUGGAUGUACUUCAGUCAAUCUCUGAAAUAAAAGAGGAGAAGGAUUUUGUUCUCAAAGUUUACACGUGUAACAACGAAAAUGAAUGGUGUCAGAUCCAUGAAAAUAUUAUUCGCAAGUCCAGCACCAAAUACACAGCACCCAGCUCAAACUAUGGACUUAUAAUAUCUCUUCAGCUUCUACGUGGCGACAUGGAGCAGAUUCGAAGGGAAAACCCCAUGAUCUUUAACAGAGGCGUUUCUGUUACCAGGAAGCUGGGUUUUCCUGAUGUUAUAAUGCCAGGUGAUAUACGCAAUGACUUAUACCUGACAUUAGAAAAGGGAGACUUUGAAAGAGGUGGGAAAAGUGUGCAGAAGAACAUUGAAGUGACCAUGUACGUGCUCUAUGCGGAUGGAGAAAUCUUGAAGGACUGCAUCAGCCUGGGCUCAGGAGAGCCAAGCAGGAGUGCAUACCACUCAUUUGUCCUUUACCACAAUAACAGCCCUCGAUGGGGGGAAAUCAUCAAGUUGCCCAUCCCUAUAGACAGGUUCCGAGGGUCUCACCUCCGCUUUGAGUUCAGACAUUGCUCCACAAAAGACAAGGGAGAAAAGAAGCUCUUUGGUUUUGCAUUUACUCCAUUGAUGAGAGAUGAUGGCACUACCUUGUCAGAUGACAUCCAUGAGCUUUAUGUUUAUAAGUGUGAUGAGAACAGCACGUUUAACAACCACGCACUGUACCUGGGGCUGCCUUGCUGCAAAGAGGACUACAAUGGUUGCCCCAACAUCCCUUCCAGCCUCAUUUUCCAGCGCAGCACCAAAGAGACCUUUUCAGUCUCCACACAGCUUUCUUCUACCAAACUGACCCAGAACGUGGAUUUGCUUGCCCUACUGAAAUGGAAAGCUUACCCAGAUCGUGUGAUGGAUAUCCUAGGAAGACUGAGACAUGUCAGUGGCGAGGAGAUUGUUAAGUUCCUACAAGAUAUUCUCGACACGUUGUUUGUAGUUUUGGAUGACAACACAGAAAAGUAUGGUCUGUUGGUCUUUCAGUCUUUGGUAUUCAUCAUCAAUCUGCUGCGUGACAGCAAGUAUUUUCAUUUCCGACCUGUGAUGGACACUUACAUUCAGAAGCACUUUGCGGGAGCACUGGCUUACAAAGAACUGAUCCGAUGUUUGAAGUGGUACAUGGACCGUUCAGCUGAGCUUGUACGCCAAGACCACAUCCAGGAAGCAAUGAGAGCCUUGGAAUAUCUUUUCAAGUUCAUUGUCCAAUCUCGGAUCCUUUACUCCAGAGCUACUUGCGGAAUGGAGGAGGAACAGUUCCGCUCCAGCAUCCAGGAGCUUUUCCAGUCCAUCAGAUUUGUGCUCAGCUUGGACAGUAGGAGCUCUGAGACUCUGAUCUUCACACAGGCCUCUCAGCCUGGAGGGCAGGCGAGUGGAGCUGGGACUUGUGCCCCACAAAAAUGUGGUGGUACUUCAAGGCCGUCAUUUAAUUCUGCUGCUUUGCUGAACUCCUUCCCUGCUAUCUUUGAUGAGCUGUUGCAGAUGUUCACUGUGCAGGAAGUUGCAGAGUUCGUGAGGGGUACUUUGGGCAGCAUGCCCAGUACAGUACACAUCGGGCAAUCAAUGGAUGUUGUUAAGCUACAAUCUAUUGCACGCACUGUUGACAGCCGCCUGUUCUCUUUCUCAGAGUCCCGGCGCAUCCUGCUACCUGUAGUUCUUCACCACAUUCACCUUCACCUACGACAGCAGAAGGAACUGCUUAUCUGCUCUGGGAUCCUCAGUAGUAUCUUCUCCAUAAUCAAGGCCAGCUCUUUGGAGGGAGAUGUCGUGGAGGAGGUUGAGAUGAUGGUGGAGAGCCUCCUGGAUGUGCUUUUACAAACUCUGCUUACAAUCAUGAGUAAAUCGCAGUCUCAGGAGGCGGUAAGAGGGCAGCGUUGCCCGCAGUGCACAGCAGAAAUCACUGGAGAAUAUGUCUCCUGCCUUUUAUCUUUGCUUCGUCAGAUGUCAGACACUCAUUUCCAGCACUUACUGGACAACUUCCAAAGCAAGGAUGAACUGAAGGAGUUCCUCCUGAAGAUUUUCUGUGUAUUUCGGAAUCUGAUGAAAAUGAGUGUCUUUCCUCGAGACUGGAUGGUGAUGAGGUUGCUCACCAGCAAUAUCAUAGUUACAACAGUUCAGUACCUAUCUUCUGCACUGCAUAAGAAUUUCACGGAGACGGACUUUGAUUUUAAAGUGUGGAACUCUUACUUCAGCCUGGCAGUUUUGUUUAUAAACCAGCCAAGUCUCCAACUAGAAAAUGCGACACCAGCUAAAAGGAAGAAGACUCUGGAUAAAUAUGGCGAUAUGAGAGUGAUGAUGGCAUAUGAGCUCUUCAGCAUGUGGCAGAACCUGGGUGAGCAUAAGAUUCACUUUAUUCCGGGAAUGAUUGGCCCCUUUCUUGGUGUUACACUUGUUCCACAACCAGAAGUCCGGAAUAUCAUGAUCCCUAUCUUCCAUGACAUGAUGGACUGGGAGCAGAGAAAGAACGGCAACUUCAAACAGGUGGAGGCUGAGCUGAUCGAUAAGCUGGACAGCCUGGUAUCCGAAGGAAAAGGUGAUGAGAACUACAGGGAACUCUUCAGCCUGCUAACCCAGCUCUUUGGGCCUUAUCCCAGUUUGCUGGAGAAGAUUGAGCAGGAAACGUGGCGGGAGACUGGAAUCUCCUUCGUGACAUCAGUUACUCGUCUCAUGGAGCGUCUGCUUGACUAUAGGGACUGUAUGAAAGGAGAUGAAACAGAAAACAAGAAAAUUGGCUGCACUGUUAACCUUAUGAAUUUCUAUAAAUCUGAAAUUAACAAGGAAGAGAUGUACAUCCGCUAUAUCCACAAGCUGUGUGACAUGCACUUACAGGCUGAGAACUACACAGAGGCUGCAUUUACUUUGCUUUUGUACUGUGAGUUGCUUCAGUGGGAGGACAGACCUCUGAGAGAGUUCCUGCAUUACCCAUCUCAGUCAGAGUGGCAACGUAAGGAAGGUCUGUGCCGUAAGAUUAUCCAUUACUUCAACAAAGGGAAGAGCUGGGAGUUUGGAAUCCCGCUGUGCAGAGAACUGGCCAUACAGUAUGAAAGUCUCUAUGAUUAUCAGAGCCUCAGCUGGAUUCGGAAAAUGGAAGCUACCUAUUAUGAUAAUAUCAUGGAACAGCAGCGCUUAGAACCUGAGUUUUUCAGAGUUGGUUUUUAUGGUCGGAAAUUCCCAUUUUUCUUGCGGAACAAGGAAUAUGUAUGCCGGGGCCAUGACUAUGAGAGGCUGGAAGCCUUCCAGCAGAGGAUGCUGAGUGAGUUCCCACAAGCCAUUGCAAUGCAGCAUCCAAACCACCCAGAUGACUCCAUAUUGCAGUGUGACGCCCAGUAUUUACAGAUCUAUGCAGUGACUCCCAUCCCAGACAAUAUAGAUGUGCUGCAAAUGGACCGUGUCCCCGAUCGCAUAAAGAGCUUUUACCGAGUCAACAACAUCCGGAAAUUCCGCUAUGACAGGCCUUUCCACAAAGGCCCAAAGGACAAGGAGAAUGAAUUUAAGAGCUUGUGGAUUGAACGUACCACUCUGACCUUGACUCACAGUUUGCCUGGGAUCUCUCGUUGGUUUGAAGUGGAGAGAAGAGAACUGGUUGAAGUCAGUCCUUUGGAAAAUGCCAUUCAAGUGGUUGAGAACAAAAACCAGGAGCUGAGAACACUGAUAAGCCAGUACCAGCAUAAACAAAUGCAUGGUAACAUUAAUCUCCUCAGCAUGUGUCUGAAUGGAGUGAUUGAUGCAGCUGUUAAUGGGGGAAUUGCACGAUACCAGGAGGCCUUUUUUGAUAAAGAUUAUAUCACAAAGCACCCUGGAGAUGCAGAGAAGAUUACACAGCUCAAGGAACUCAUGCAGGAACAGGUACAUGUCUUAGGAGUGGGUCUGGCAGUCCAUGAAAAAUUUGUACACCCAGAAAUGCGUCCCCUGCAUAAGAAACUGAUAGACCAGUUCCAGAUGAUGCGAUCCAGUCUGUACCAUGAGUUACCUGGAUUGGAUAAGCUGAGUCCAGCCUGUUCGGGCACGAGUACACCACGCAGCAAUGUUCUGGUUUCGCAUGGACCUAUGAGCCCAGAGAGCAUAAAGCUGGUGCAUCGACACAGCCCACUGAACUUGCUUGGUUCAGUCCGACAUUCAUCUUCCUCUCUGUCGUCCCACACCUCCAGUGAAACAGGAAACCUGGUUAUCCUAACAGACAGUUCCGUGGGGGAGACUGCUGAGGAUAUGUACCACAUGCAGCUUGUUUACCCUAACUCCAGGUACCAAGGCUCAGUCACCAAAGUCUCUGUUUUAUCCUCGUCCCAGGCUAGCCCUUCCACCUCAAGCCUGAGCUCUACUCACUCGGCACCAUCCCAGAUGAUUAACUCUGCCCCUUCCAGUGCUCGAGUGCUGGUGAAAGGUGCUGGAUUGACAACACUGGAGGCUGAAGCCCUCUAUUUGUCCACAGAACAGAUACAGCAUGGGCGGCAGCCGUGCAAGCUUCCCCACGCUGCCCCCACCAAUGUGCCUCAUCUCUGUCCUGGAGGGACCACCUCUAGAGGCUCUCCCUCUCUACCAGAUAAGUAUCGCCACUCUCGGGAGAUGAUGAUGUUGCUGCCAACCCACCGGGACCGACCUAGCAGUGCCAUGUAUCCCGCAGCUAUCAUGGAAAAUGGACAGCCUCCAAAUUUCCAGCGCGCCUUGAUCCAGCAAAUGAUUGGACCAUGCAAACCUUGCAGUGAUCCCAACCUGUCUGUGGCUGAGAAAGCUGUGCCAGCAGCACCCAGCAGCUGGAGCCUAGACAGCGGAACCAGAGAGGCCCUGCCAUUCCUGUCUGCCCACGUUGGGAGCAUCUUGGCCCCACCAGUACCUCCCCGAAGCCUGCCCCAUGGACACUACUCACUGCACUUUGAUGCCUUCCAUCACCAGCUGAGUGAUGCUCCUCCAGCGCUGCCUGCACGAACAUUGCGCAAGUCCCCUCUUCAUCCUAUCCCUGCAUCACCCACCAGUCCGCAGUCUGGUCUAGAUGGAAGUAACUCCACUUUAUCUGGCAGCGCCAGCAGCGGUGUCUCCUCCUUGAGCGAGAGUAAUUUUGGACAUUCUUCUGAACCACCUCCUCGCACAGACACCAUGGAUUCUGUCCCCAGCCAGGCCUGGAACACUGAUGAAGAUCUAGAGACACCCUACCUCCCUGUCAGGUACAGUCUCUCUGAGCCUGAUGUCCUAGAGUCACUCAAAUCCCAGCCAUGCCGAAGCCACUCUGCUCCAUCUGGAGUCAUUCCUCAGGACACCAUGGACCCUCCUGCUCUACCCCCCAAACCUUACCACUCCCGGCUGCCAAACAUGGAGAACGAGGAGGGGUUGAUAAUUGAAGAUGAUGACAAACACCGCCCAUUGCAUCGUAAAGCGUCCCAACCAGUGAGUGGUGGAAAGGAAGAGCAGGCCAGGGUAGCAUGGGAGCAUGGCAUCAGUGAGCAGUAG